AUGGCUGCUGUCGACUGUAUGUCGAUGGCCUCGCGCCAUCAUCCACACCAUCCCUACAACCACCAGCACAGCCGGGAUCGCCGAUCUAGCUAUUCCACCCUGGGCAGUAACAAUCCUUAUGCCCGGUACAUGUCACCAGCACCCUCGGGGUACUCCCACUCCAAGCGAUCUCUCUCCGAAACCUUCCCUUCUGUACCCACAGUAUCCAUGGACUCCCUCUGGUGGUCCGGCUCUCCCGAGCACCAGCCGGUGUACCCGAGGCACCAGCGAGAAAGUUCGGCACCUCGACGCCGUCGCUCACAGCAGAGAUACUCGCGGAACUCACACUUGGUGAAUCCCGAUAUCAUCGAUGAGCUGGAUGAUGUAACCUCUUACUCUUAUCACCAUGAGGGUCCCUAUGAUGCGGUUUGCCCCGAGCGCAAUCGCGUCAGCCAUCAUAGUCCUCUCGAGGCAGUGAGAGAGUCGAAUGAGGAAGCUUUGCGCGCUACGCCGCGCGAUAAGAUUAUCGAUUGCUUGCAUAGCCACCGCCCACUAGAUGGUACGGCGUAUUUUCCUCCCGGCACCACCGAUCGGGAUGGACAGACGUAUGAGUAUGAAGAAGGAUCGAAUAUGAUGGACGAAUACGGUCUUUUUAUGCGUCUUCCUGGUCAGAAAUUCACCGACGAGGACUUCAAGAAUGACCCAUUCUACAACCGCCCAAUCUCCAAUCCAUUCCUUCAAUUGAAGAAGAAACUCAGUCUGCGCCGGAACAAGAAGCCGCGGAGCACUGCUUGA